CUCCCCAGCGCGCUGCGGGGCUGGGGCGCAGAGAACCAGCACAGCUCAGCAGCUCUCAGAUCCUGAGCAGGGUGCCCCGGACUUCCGAUCUCUGGGUUCAGGUUUGCCCAUCUCUGGGCGGCAGGGCAAGGUCCCUCUACCACAGCCUCCACAACCAUGGACAACUCCAGCAUACAGGAGCUCCAGCAGCCCUUACUGCCAAGCAUAACCUGUGAGCUCCUGGCUCCCAAGUCUGAGAAACCAGAGCUGGGAACGCCCUUCCCAGAACCUGCCUUUGCAGAGUCCUCCAGAGGCUGGCAGCUCCUUCUCCCACCUCUUCCUUCAGUGAGCGCUGGCCUGGGGGAGCCUGAGACCCCUGACCUUGAGGACACAUCAUCCAGUGACAGUGACUCAGAUUAUGAUGGGGGCGACCGGCUCUCUCCACUUCUUCCCCAUGACCACCUUGGCCUGGCGGUGUUCUCUGUGCUGUGUUGUUUUUGGCCUGUGGGCAUCGCUGCCUUCUGUCUGGCCCACAAGACCAACAAGGCUUGGGCCAAGGGGGACGUCCAAGGGGCAGGGGCUGCCUCCCGCCGAGCUCUCCUGCUGGGGGUCCUUGCCGUGGGGCUGGGCCUGUGCACAUAUGCGGCUGCCCUGGUGACCUUGGCUGCCUACCUUGCCUCCCGAGACCCGCCCUAGUUGCCCUUCGGCCCCCACUGUGAAUGCAGAGGCCAGAGGACCAUCAGACCCGUGAGCAGAAUGAAUGAUCUUGGUGCACACAGUGGUGACAGCGAGGACCACAUCACCCAGAAACGAGUCAGCUGGAAGCCCUCCCUCUUUCCUGGCUACCCGUACCCAGAAGGAAGCAAUGUGAGAGAUUAAAGAUAAUCUGAAGCCAAA